AAUUAUUUUGGCCAUUUUCAGCAGCAGCUGCUCCCGACUGAUCAUAUUUGCGAAUUGUCUUUGGCAUAUCACUCCGGCUAUUUCUGAACCUACAGCAUUCAGAAUGUGCUGAGCCAAUACCUUCAAAUAUAGCAAAUUAUUCAGUCAUGGCAGCUUUAACCUGGCUGUCAACAAAUUACUUUCCCUCUCAAAACGUAUGUUUAUGGAGCUUUGACAUCAAUAAAUAUUGAACAUACAUGCUAUUAGUGUAGGAGUUAAGUUGAAGUUUGUGGACUGAUUUCAUUGUGAAACAUUGAUUUGGGGAGACGCAAAUCUCAAUCGUGGGUUGCUUGUUUUCAUCCCUUUCACAAAUUAAACGUGUUGUCAUAAGGUAUCGUGAAUAAUGUAUGUAAUACUUUCAGUAACAGAUCUUGGUGAACUUUUACUUAGUUAAUCAGCGUCAUCCCAAAGAGUUUGUGCGCAUGAUUGACACUUGACAGGAGAUUGUAGUUGUAUUCACUAUUCAGAUCACAGGCCACAUCGCAGUGAAUAUUCACGUUUCCACCACUGGCUGUCCACAAACCGUAGAGAUGUCCAACACUCGAGAGAAGGUGGGGGACGCACAGUGGCUCCGUUGCCACUGAUAUUUACGGCUAUUUUCAAUUGGUCAGUAAAUGUCCAUUGCUUGGGAUUCCAUUCAACGCGGUCUGCCAUUCUUCAUACAAAGCAGCUCUCACACAGACACGCCUGUGCAGAGGUCCUUGUCAUCUGGUAAGCCCGCCCGGGUGUGAAACAACCUGAGAUCUCUCAAUCUGGUUAAUUAUUACUAUGAAACGGCACACCGCUCGAAGCUGUAAAUCCGACCUUAGUACUCUUGAACCCAAAAUCUAUCAGUUAACCGUUAACCAUCUGCUUCAAAGAGCUUUAAAAUUUACUUCCUUGUGCCACAAGGCCCAUUUCUCUAUAAACUGUGAAGACGGACUUUACUGAAAGAAGCUAUUUGGAUAAUAUCGUCAAAUUCACUCGAGGUGUUUUUGGCUGACAAGUUGCAAAGACGUUGGUGGGACCCUCCCAAACAAAAUGGCACUCCGCCCGUGGGCCCUCUGUCUUCUAUUUUCUUUAAUGCUCUGGGCAGAAAAUACGGAUGCAGUUCCCUGCAAUUUUAACUUUCAACCUAAUUCAUCUAUAUUUAAUGCGGAAGUCACUGAAAAUUCAGAAAACAAUUAUGCAUUUUUCAACAUACCUGUUGAAGGAAAUAUAACAGAAAUUGUUUUAGCCAUCAUACCAAAUAAUAUUUUCACAUUGCGAGAUAAACAGCUGCAAGUGGCUAAUAAAACAGCAUUGGACAGAGAGACACUGGGAGAGACUGUUAUUCUCGCGUUGACAUGCAAAUUUAAUGAUGUCGAAAAUCGGGCUACUAUUGCAGUAAAUAUUCUCGAUGUCAAUGAAUUUGACCCAGAAUUUCAAGGUACCCCUUACAAAUGGAAUAUAUCCGAGUUUUCUUCAGUGUCAACGACGUUUCCUGUACCAGCAACGGACAAGGAUAGAGGACAAAUCACAUACACCUUGGAUGAAUCAGUGCCUGGUGUCGAAUAUUUCGAGGUUCCAUUGCUCUUCAAGGGAGAAAUUUCCCUCAAUAAAACAUUGAAGUAUGAAGAUCUGUACGCACGUAAUCUGACGACCAUUGAACUCAUUGUGAAAGCUACGGACUCCAACCCGAGUAGAAACGCCACAGGCUACACGAAUAGGACGAGCACCGCCACAGUCACCGUCUCCGUGAUAGACCAAGAUGAUCAGCCACCAAUCUUCCAGCCGAAGGUCUGCUCCACAGUGGCUGACAAACAGCUGUGCGUGAACGCAAAGUACUCAGCAACGGUCAGAGAGAAUGUGAUGGAGGAAAGUAUUGUCUUUGCUCCUGCACAAAUCCGUGCGGAAGAUGGCGAUAAGGGAAUCAACGCUAUCAUAAAGUACGCGCUUCUGUCUGAAAAUGAUUUCUUUGAAAUCGAUGCAAGCAAUGGACAAAUACGCAUGAAAGAAGUAGUGCCGAGCAAGACUCAGACACCUGAAAUUAAUUUGCAGAUUGUGGCAUAUCAAGAUGACUUUCAAAAAUUCACAACUACCACAGCCACCAUUAAAGUGGUCACCAAAAAUGAGAGUCACCCCGCGUUCCCUGAAGUGGAAUACUGUGGCCAUGUUCCCAACAACGCCGACGUCGUCUUUGCCACGAUGUGCAACAGCCCAAACACCCUACAGCUGCAAGUCAACGAUGCGGAUUACGCCACUGGACAUCCAAUUGUUGAAUACACGAUUGUGGGAGCAGGCAUGGAACACAUCGAGAUAAAUCCGACUGGCUAUGUCCUCGUUCGCAGCUCCAACCUCGACGCAGGCCAGCAGUACAUGUUUGACAUAGAAGCGAAGGAUAUUGAAAACGGUGACAUUUCCACAACUCGCCUCACGAUAAAUGUGCAAGCCGGUUCCGAUGGAUCAACUGUGACCGGGCCACAGAUAACUGCUGGAGGUUCGGAUAGACCAACAGUCACCGGGCCACAGCCAACCGCUGGAGGUUCCGAUAGACCAACUGUGACCGGGCCACAUCCAACCGUUGGAGGUUCCGACAGACCAACUGUCACCGGGCCACAUCCAACCGAUGGAGGUUCCAACAGACCAACUGCCCCUGACCCACGCCCAACCGCUGGAGGUUCUGACAGCCCAACUCUCCCUGACCCACGUCCGACCGCUGGAGGACCAGAAAAAAUCUACACGGCACAGGAUAUGGCCAUCGUGGGUGGAGUCCUCGGUGCGCUUCUGGCGGUCGCACUUGGGGUUAUCGGAUUCCUCCUCUUUAAGGUGCUUUCCAAGCAAAAGAAGGCAGUCAAAAUUGAGGACGAUGCCAAAUACGGCGGCGGUGGUGGUGAUGAUGAUGGCGGCUAUGCCAACAGCCGCAACGGAAGCGGACAGCAAGAUGACAUUUCCAUCGCAGAUAUGGGAAGGGAUGACGAUCCCAACAUGGUGAACUAUUACAUCCACUUGCCUAAAGAUCACAUGCAGGACACGGACGUGGAUCGCAGCAGCGGGUACAACUCGGUGUCGGGCAGGCCGACGACGCCGCUGCGGGACGCGGAGGAGGAUCCGGCGCCCCCGCCGCAGCCGCGCGACAAUCCGGCGUUCGCGGAGGACGCGGCCGCCGCCGCCGCCACCGACGACGAGCAGGCCAUCCACACCAAGUCCAUCCUCGUGACGGUGAACAGCAACGAAAAGGCGGCCAACGACAAGGCCGGCUACAAGGCCGUGUGGUUCAAGGACGAGGUCAUCCCCGACGGCGGCGAGGCAGCGGACGAGGCGGACGGCAGGGCGGUGGGGGUGAGGUUCGAUGGCGAGCCGGCGGAUGACGCGGAGGGGAAAGAGUCCUCCGGAGCAGCGGCUCCUGGCAGCGGUGGCCCCCACGGCUUGGAUUCGAGCGCGAUGCACACGGGAGGCGCGGUUGCAGAAGAAGAUGAAUUUGCCUUCCUGUAA